ACUGCGCGUGAUGGGUUCGCGUCGCGGGAUUCAGCGCCCAGCCUGGGACUCCUGUUUUCCCGGUUCGGGUGGUCGCGGGAGCCCGGCGCGACCCCCAGCCGUGCGCCCCGCCCCGGCGCCAUGCACUGCGAGGUGGCUGAGGCACACUCGGACAAGAGGCCUAAGGAGGCCCCUGGUGCGCCCGGCCCCGGCCGCGGCCCCGCCAGCCUCGGCGCGCACAUGACCUUCAGGGUCACCGUGAGUGGUGGCGGCUGCGGGGACAGGGGCCCGCGGGACCUGCUAGCCCGGCCGCCUGCGCCGCCACCGCGCGCCCACGACCUUCUCCGGCCCCGGAGCCCCCGAGACUACGGUCCAUCCAAGGCCGCCGCCGCCGGGAAGGUGAAUGGGAGCUACGGCCACUGCACCCCGAGCUCAGAGAAGAGCCUGCUGGGCCUGGACCUUGCUGAGGGCCCUGGCCCCACCUGCUGCCAGGGCCUGUUCCUCCCUGCAGGAAGCCCGCCGCCCCGGGCUCACCCCCAAGCUUGUGAGAGGCUGCUGCAUUUCCCCCAUCCUAACAGGUCACCCAGACCCCAGGCCACCUAUGUGAACGGCAGCCUCCCAACCACACAACACAUCAAACAGGAGUCCCUGCCCGACUACCAAGCCAUGGCAGAGGCCCGCACAUCCCUGUCUGCCCACUGUCGGGGCCCGCCGGCCACUGGCCUGCACCCAGACCUGGACCUCCCGGGCCGAAGCCUCGCCACCCCUGCACCUUCCUGCUACCUUCUGGGCAGCGAACCCAGCUCUGGCCUGGGCCUCCAGCCCGAGGCCCACCUCCCUGAGGGCAGCCUGAAGCGCUGCUGCCUCUUGGGCCUACCCCCGACCUCCCCAGCCUGCUCCUCACCCUGUGCCUCCUCCGAGGUCACCUCCAUCAUCCGCUCCUCCCAGACGUCUCUGGUCACCUGUGUAAAUGGACUCCGGAGCCCCCCUCUGGCGGGAGAUCUGGGGGGCUCUUCCAAGCGGGCCCGGCCUGGCCCUGCAUCGACGGACAGCCAUGAGGGCAGCUUGCAACUUGAAGCCUGCCGGAAGGCGAGCUUCCUGAAGCAGGAACCCGCGGAUGAGUUUUCAGAGCUCUUUGGGCCUCACCAGCAGGGCCUGCCGCCCCCAUAUCCCCUGUCUCAGUUGCCGCCUGGCCCAAGCCUUGGAGGCCUGGGGCUGGGCCUGGCGGACAGGGUGGUGGCCGGGCGGCAGGCGUGCCGCUGGGUGGACUGCUGUGCAGCCUACGAGCAGCAGGAGGAGCUGGUGCGGCACAUCGAGAAGAGCCACAUCGACCAGCGCAAGGGCGAGGACUUCACCUGCUUCUGGACUGGCUGCGUGCGCCGCUACAAGCCCUUCAACGCCCGCUACAAGCUGCUCAUCCACAUGCGGGUGCACUCAGGCGAGAAGCCCAACAAGUGCAUGGUGAGUUCCCACCGGCCGCCAGGCCUCACCCCAGCCACUCUGGCAGAGCAGCACUCACCCCAGUGCCCCAGGGAGGCCGCAUGGGACUCCUUCCUCGGGGCUGGCUGA